AUGUCCGACGCCAUGAACCCCGGCAACGCCACAGCAGAUAACUUCGACUUCUCACCCUUCUACAACCGCGGCUCGAAACUUAUACACUACUAUGGUCUCGCGGACCCGUCCAUUCCCACCGGCCGCAACGUCUACUUCUACAAGCAGGUUCAGCGGACUUUGCAAAGUAAGGGCAUUGAUCUAGAUGACUUCUACAAGUUCUACUUGAUCCCAGGAAUGGAGCAUUGCGGAAGCACGCCGUCGAAUAUGGAGGCACCGUGGUAUAUUGGUGGUUUGUCACAGGCGUCGACUAUUGGAAGUGAUGGGUCGGGGAAUCAUCUUCAUGAGAGGAAGGGGUUUAAUGAUGGGAAGCAUGAUGCGUUGUUGGCUAUGAUUGGAUGGGUGGAGAACGGUACGGUGCCAAAUUAUUUGGUUGCUACUAAGUUUCAUGAUGAGAAUGAGUUGGAUUAUGUUGUUAAGCAGAGGCUGAUUUGCCCGUGGCCGAAGCAGGCGAUAUAUAUCGGGAAUGGGAUGUGGGGGAGGCGGAUAGUUGGAGGUGUGAGGGGUUGUAUUAGGGUUCGUCUUGGGGGGGAGGAGGGGGGGGGUUGUAUACCUAGGUAUGCGUUGGUUGAUUGA